UCACCGCGACGGCCGCACGUGAUGAUCGGCGACAAUUAUCUACAAUAAACAGCCUAUCGGUUAUGUCGUUUUGACGUAAUCUCGUGGCGAUUUAAUAAUAUAUUGUAGAUUUUUUUUGGAAGGUAAUUUUCCUCGAUCCAUUCCGCUUUGACAGUCGAGAGGGCGCCGAAGUAACAGUAUGUCUAUUCUGCGCUCCAUAAUCCUGGCGUGUGUCUGCGUUUGCGCGGUCAGCCAGCGCAUUGACCAGGAGCCGCUGCUGUCUCCCAGACCAGCCAGGGUGAGAGACAGGGAUCUCAAACCUGACGAACCGACCUGCGACCAGCUUAAGGCCAUGUGGAGGUUUUCCAAGCGUCAAGCACGGGCCCCAGAGAUUAUCAACGAAGUGAGUUCAUACCGCGACCCUCUCAUGUAUAAUGAGUGGCCAGUCUACACCGCAAUGCCCCGGGCAGCUCCAAGAUUCAGAUACCAGUACCCACCCAUCCCAAGGGAAGCUUACGGCCGGGUCAUCACAAAAGCGCCUCCGAACGUCGUGCGUACUCCCGACUAUGGCGAGAUGUUUGGUAUGCUGAACGUGCCUCAAGCGUCUGGCAAGGUGCUGCGUUACUCCGGCCCCUCUAGACAACGGGGAGGUUCCACUUUCAUGGUUCCACCUCAGAGAGACAGAUUCGAAGCGCUGAAAAAGCUAAUCCGACAAGAACAUGUUCGUGAAUUACAGAGGAAAUAUGAAACGGAGCAAAAACAAGAACUAAAAGAGAUUGCCGCUGGACGAGGGGGUGACGACUACGUGUAUGGGACUUACGGUGAACAGGAACCGAGGGGUUUGCAGAACUUGGAGUACGCUGAUGAAGGAGGUGCUCAUUGGCAGCCAGGACACGGAAAGAAACCUCAAACCAACAGCCGUCAGGUAUCCCAAUUCUCUCGUUACUCCGACGUGAUGCUACCACCAGUCCGCCGAACAUUCUACCACCCGUACUUAGAUUACGUACUACCUGAAUACGUACCGUACGGCUAUUGAAACGGACAGGAUAUUCCAGAACGAUCGAGAACAUUCCAGAAGUAUCCAGAAGUAAAUCCGGGCUUAAUUCUCAACCGGUAACUUUCCAUAUCUGAAGCAUAUCUUCGCUUAGCUAGAAAACUCAGAACCGAGCUUCGUGCGUUCCUUCUAUCGCAAUAUUUUUUAUAAUUAUAAAAUUUGUUUUUCUUUUCGUCUAUAGAUAUGCGAUAUUUAACCAAAAUUUACGAUCGCAUUAUAUUUAUAUAGAUAUAAGAUUAGCGUUUCAAUUGUAUUACAGCGUUAGGCUGUUAGUAUAGUAUUUAAUAUCUGUGGAACUUACAUAUGACAAUACAGUUUUCUCCAUUAUUACAAGAUCAAUUACAUGCACCGGUCAAUUUUGGAGAAGACAUCGAACGGACAAUAAGAAAUUUAAAAAAAUAAUAAUAAUAAUAAUAAAAAGUUUACAAUUCUUUGUAUUAGUAGUUUAGGAAUGUUUGAAAAUAUAUGACAUUAAACAUUUUAAUAUAAUAUUUAUUUAAUGGCGGUUACAAAUUCAAUGUUCUGGCAUGUCACUGAAGGACGAUAAUGUUGAUAUUUAAUAUAUAUAAUAUUUAAAUUUACUAAAAUUUUAUAAAACAUAUUGAUUCAACAUAUAUAAUAAUAUAUUUCUUCGUUUUGAAUAUACUUAAAUAAUUUAGAUACAAAAUCCGACAAUACGUUUGCUUUAUCCGGUAACACGAACGCUAGUAGCUGAUUUAUUAUAUAUUUUACAACGUUACCUUUUAGAUAUUAAGGUUUUAAAUUAAUCUUUUGAAUGUUUUUUAAUAUCUAAAUCAUGAAUUUUAUUCAUAUUUUAUAUUUUUAGCCCAUUUAUUUAUAUAAAAUCUAACGUAGACAAUAAUACUAUUGACAAUAAAAUUAUAUAUUACAUGGAUUGUAGCGGUAGAUUGCAAUUUUAAAAUAAACAUUGUAUUAAUUCUAGUUUCUAACCAAAGAAACUUAUAUUAUUCAUGUCUUAGCAUAAAAUUACGUAAUCCUUGUAAUUGUAAGCUUGGUGAAAUUACUACUAUUCGCUGGAUUAUACAAUAAUUUAACACAUUAGCUUCAAUGUAUAACUGUUGUUGUGACUAGACGCUAAGUUUGUCCCGUAAAAGCCUGAAGGACGGCUGGUUCGCGUUCAGAGCGGUGUCCGAUGACAAAUGUACCUCGGUGCAUUUAUAUUCGAUAACCUAAUACUGAACUGAACCGACAAAAAAAAAUGCUUUAACUACAUUUAAAUAUUUCAAGUUAUCUAUCUUAUAAACUAGCUGAGCUCUCUCACUACUAAUAUGACGUAAAAAAUUCUCGUAAUGCAACAUAUCUCACAAAAUGGCCGCACUAUCGCUCAUAUCAAGAUGGCGGCGACGCAGUUGACAGAGCGAAAACAGUUGCCAUCAUUGUAUUUAAGAGUGUUGUUAACUAUUUAUGUGCUAGUUAUAUAUUGUCUAUAUAUCUUGACUAUAAGAUACGGCGAUGAUCGUCGACAAAACCUUACAGACUAUGAAGUUGGCUUUAACUAUAACAUAUGUAUUACGGCUUUAAGCUAGUCAAAUUCAUUCUUCAAUUUAUUGACGGAGAAACAGUCCCAUCCUACGAUUUAGCUAUACAUUAAUUUAUAUAUUAUUUUCUAUAAAUAUUCCCAUGUUGUACAAAUUAUUUUUUAUUUAACUUAGGACCGUGUAGCGGUACGCGUAUUGCAGUAACUAUAGAUGUUUUAAUUGUUAAAUUUAAUAUUAUUGUACUUAGAUUUCGCAUUUACAUAUCUUAUUUAACCUACAGAUGAUAUCGUUGGACACUGAUUAAACAUAUUACUGACAUAUCUGACAGAUGAAAAAAAAACGACAGUAUAUUCGUAACUUGUCUAUAUCUCUUUAACAUGUAAUCGUAAUUAGUUAAGUUUAAUAAAAGUUUGUUACGCGGUCUACAUCUGACAAUAAUGUGACAAUAAAGAUGGUGGAACGAUCUUAGGUAUUAGUUUAUAUGAAAUAGACCGCGUCUGUACGAUUAAUAUACAAGUAAUCUAACCAUGAAUAAUAUUUAAAAAAAAAAUGUAUUUUAAUUGGUGUUUUAUUUUUUGUGAAAUAAAGAUAGUUUACUCCGAG